UAAAUUUUAAGGUCACUAGAUAAUUAGCUGAAAGAAUCACCGGUUAGCCGUGAAGGUGUUGCGCACUCGAACGAAAGCAAAGCACCAUCUCUCUCUCUCUCUCUCUCUCUCUCAUUUUCAAGUUCCGAAACGAGCUAUGUUUCUCUUUCACUUUCUCUCUAUCCGUAAGCUUUGGAUCUGAGAUCGUGAAAAGGGUUCAGCUGCAACCAUCACAGGUUGCAUCAUGCAAGACAGAACCCACAAGAGGCUUGGAAAUUACAGAUGAAGCCCCCAAUAAUUAUUGCUUCUGAGUAUAUGAUGGACAAUUACUGAAUACAACCUGCAUAGAAAAAUCCGAAGAAGAAUCAAGGUCUGCCCAAGGGAUCUGUAAUUUUAGCAUAUUAGCAGAGAUGAAAGGAGGAAAUAAUUAUAGAUUGAGGGGGAGAAAUCUUUCUCUCACUUUGGCUGUACUCAUUGUAACAACCAUAGCACUUUGGGCUUGGGAAAAAAAUCCUUUUUCUAAUACUCUACCGUCAGCCCAGGAGCGUUAUAUAAUACCUUCAUCAGAGUUUCAUUCGGACACCCGAAAUGAGUCUGCAGUAUCCUGGAAUGCAAUGGAGAAAAUUGGGGAAAAUAGUUCACAGGUGAUCAUUACAGCAGCAGCUAAAGGAGAAGAAAAAAACUUUGGUACUACACCAGUGGAUGCUAUAUCCGCAGGCACUCCUGAAAUGAUAGACAGUACAUCCUCCUCUCAGACUAAAUUCUGCAAUUAUGCUAAGGGUAGAUGGGUUGCUGACAGCCGGAGGCCAUUGUAUUCAGGAUUCGGAUGUAAACAGUGGUUAUCAGGAAUGUGGGCAUGUAGACUAACACAAAGAGAAGAUUUUUCUUUUGAGGGAUAUCGGUGGCAGCCUGAAAAUUGUGAAAUGCCAGAGUUUGAGCGGCUCACAUUCUUAGAAAGAAUGCAGGACAAAACAAUUGCAUUUAUAGGAGAUUCAUUGGGGCGGCAGCAGUUCCAGUCUUUAAUGUGUAUGGCAAGUGGUGGGGAAGAGAGCCCAGAAGUUGAAAAUGUGGGCAAAAAGUAUGGUCUUGUCAAAGCUCGCGGAGCCAUUCGUCCCGAUGGCUGGGCUUAUCGGUUCCCAAAAACCAAUACUACCAUCUUAUACUACUGGUCAGCAAGUCUGAGUGAUUUAGUGCCACUAAAUAUCUCAGACCGAACCACCGAUGUGGCUAUGCAUCUGGACCGUCCUCCAGCUUUCAUGAGACGGUUCCUCAAUCAGUUUGAUGUGUUGGUUCUAAACACAGGACACCACUGGAACAGGGGUAAGCUCAAUGCAAAUCGUUGGGUGAUGCACGUAGAUGGAAAGCGGAAUGAAGACAAGAAACUUGCUGAAAUUAGGAAUGCCAAGAAUUUUACAAUUUAUAGUAUUGUCAGAUGGGUUGAUUCACAACUUCCCUCACAUCCCCAUCUUAAGGUUUUCUUUAGGACUAUCUCACCUAGGCACUUCGUUAAUGGGGAUUGGAACACUGGGGGAACCUGUGAUAAUACCAUUCCAUUGUCAGGUGGAAGUGAAGUUGUGCAGGAUGAGUCAAGUGAUCCUGUUGUUGAGGGUGCUGUAAAGGGCACAAGAGUAAAGAUUUUGGAUAUAACUGCAAUUUCUCAACUGAGAGAUGAGGGUCACAUGUCCCACUACAGCAUUAGAGGAACUACUGGUGUAAACGAUUGCUUACAUUGGUGCCUACCCGGUAUUCCAGACACAUGGAAUGAGCUCCUCAUUGCACAGAUAUAGCGAUUGAAUUUGCUAUUCUUUAGGGUCUGAUAUGGCCAUUUUUCUCUUAUAUAAUUAUACUUCUU